AUGAACACCAAUGUCUGCGUGGAGCCCGGGCCGAGCCCGGAGGCCCCGGGCUUGCCCAAGGAAAGCCACCUGCCCGAGGGGGCCCUGAACAGCCUUGUGGAUUACAACUCGGAGAUGGAGCGCUACCGCUCCUUUGCCACCUCCUUCUACAAGACCAACGGGGGCGCCUUCCCGCAGGCGGCCAAGAUCGCGCGCAUCACCACCCCCAUCUUCCCCAGCAGCGCCGCCGCCGCCGCGGCCGCCGCGCGCAUCGGCAUGUCCCCCUGGAACUGCGACAACGCGGCCACCGCCGCCGCCGCCACCGCCAUGCUCUGGGGCAGUGGCGGGGGCGGGGGCGGCGGAGGCGGCGGCGGCGGCGGGGGCGGCGGCGGGGGCGGCGGGGGCAGCAGGAAAUCCUCCUCCGCCGCCGCCUCCUCCUCCGCCUCCUCCUCGGCGAUCCUCCCCACCGGCGGUGGUGGUGGCGGCGGCGGCGGCGGCGGCGGCGGCGGCGGCGGCGGCGGCAGCAGGACCAGCAUGCACCACCGAAACGACUCCCAGAGGCUGGGGAAAGCUGGCUGCCCGCCAGAGCCGUCGUUGCAAAUGGCAAAUACUAAUUUCCUCUCCACCUUAUCCCCCGAACACUGCAGACCUUUGGCGGGGGAAUGCAUGAACAAGCUCAAAUGCGGCGCUGCUGAAGCAGAGAUAAUGAAUCUCCCCGAGCGCGUGGGGACUUUUUCCGCUAUCCCGGCUUUAGGGGGCAUCUCAUUACCUCCAGGGGUCAUCGUCAUGACAGCCCUUCACUCCCCCGCAGCAGCCUCAGCAGCCGUCACAGACAGUGCGUUUCAAAUUGCCAAUCUGGCAGACUGCCCGCAGAAUCAUUCCUCCUCCUCCUCGUCCUCCUCGGGGGGAGCUGGCGGAGCCAACCCGGCCAAGAAGAAGAGGAAAAGGUGUGGGGUCUGCGUGCCCUGCAAGAGGCUCAUCAACUGUGGCGUCUGCAGCAGUUGCAGGAACCGCAAAACGGGACACCAGAUCUGCAAAUUUAGAAAAUGUGAAGAGCUAAAGAAAAAACCUGGCACUUCGCUAGAGCUGAUUUAUGGAAUUACAUUAGUAAGCAGUGCCUCGGGAGACUUCCCUGCCCCCGCUCUUGGCUCUCUGCUGAGCGUACACACCGCUGCCACCCAGGCUUUCUGUGAGCUGGAGGCGGGAGUUGGAAGAAGAACGAAGGGAGACCCCUUCCAGGGCCCCAUAGUGGAGUCUCGUCUAACACAGGGAAACGAAUUGUCCGAGGAGACACGUGCUGACAAAGCAAAAGACUUCAUUGGAAAGGGGCGCCCGGGCAGAGAGCAAACUCAGGAGAAGGAACCCAGGAGAACUGCUCUGCCCCUUGACUCGCAGUCGCAGGGUUUAUGUUUUUCUCAGCAGCACCGCGUUCAGGAGCUCCUGUUCUUCGACAACUCAGGCAAGUGGUUAUUAUCGUGA